CACAAUGAAGCUGCCAAUGCCAAUGAAUAUCGUAUAGCAUCAUCUUCGAAUGGCAGCAAACCAUUAGCACAACAUAAACUCACAAACUCUACAAUUAAGUUAUGUUGUAUCGUACAAAAGAAAAUAAAAAUAAUUUGCAGCAGUUUGAGAGAGUUUCUGGUUCAAAGCUAUGAUUCAACUGCAGCACAUGAAUUGCACAUUGUCUCUGAGCAACAAAGGGAGAAUUGGAAGUGCCUGGAGCUGUUUGAG